CCUACUUUUCUCCUUCCCCGAUUCGCCUGGCGGGUGCACAGCUCCGGGCGUCAGCAAAGUCGUUUCUGGGGACGCUGGGGGGGCUCCUGGCUGCGCUCCCUGCUUCUCGGCGGGGGCUGCGCGGGGGACGUGACGGUAACGGGGCGGCUGGGCGCCUUGCUGCAGGCAGCGGGGAGGGAGGAUGCUGGAGCUGACGGCAGAAGUGUCUUAAUCCGUCGGGUUUAGCGAGAAAGCAUCAAGAAACCAAUUAAAAGGAAAAUUACGGCUCAGCAAACGACUCCAUUGAAGGGUGUCCCCCCUCCUCGUGUGGCUGGGAAACGCACAAAAGACGGCAGCUCCCCGGCAGCACCACGCUUUCACCCGCCACCAGAGCCCUUUUGGAGCUGUCCUGGGAGUGGAGGUCAGAGCCAACCACCAACCGUGGCCGCUGGGCUGGCGAGGAGCUGCCUUUUCGGUGCGUCGGAGAAGGUGGAGGGGAACGCUCGCCACCAGAGCAUCCCUUGGCGGCGGCGGCAUCCCCGGCGCGAGCCGGCACCUUUCUCUCCGCCGUCCUCCUGCCACCCUCCAGGCCCUCCCGGCCGAGCACACGUCACCUGCCGGCGCCUGCGGACAACCGCGAUGUUUAAAAUAAAACUAGAGCCUUUAAAAAUGACGGCUUGGACUCUGAAUGUGUUCGUAAAGUUUCGGAAUAAGUACUCGGCUCCCGGCAGCGUCGCCGUCAUGGUGAAGGACUAUUACAAGAUUCUGGGCAUCCAGACUGGCGCCAAUGAGGAUGAAAUCAAGAAAGCCUAUCGGAAAAUGGCCCUGAAGUAUCACCCCGAUAAGAAUAAAGACCCCAAUGCUGAAGAGAAAUUCAAGGAGAUCGCGGAGGCUUACGAUGUCCUGAAUGACCCCAAGAAACGAGCCAUUUAUGACCAGUACGGGGAGGAAGGUCUCAAAACUGGAGGUGGCUCUUCAGGUGGCUCAGGGAACACUUCCCACUACACCUUCCAUGGAGACCCUCAUGCCACCUUCGCAUCCUUCUUUGGAGGCUCCAACCCUUUUGACGUCUUCUUCGCUAGCAGCCGCUCCCGGAUAUUCAAUGGCUUUGACCAGGAAGACAUGGAUCUUGAUGACGAUGAUGACCCUUUCAGUGCCUUCGGCCGGUUUGGCUUCAACGGCAUUAAUGGGGUUCACCGGCGGCACCAAGAGUCCCUGCACAUGCGGAGAAGGGUCCAAGACCCACCCAUCAUCCAUGAGCUCAAGGUUUCCCUGGAAGAGAUCUACCACGGCUCCACCAAGAGGAUGAAGAUCACACGCAGGAGGCUCAGUGCUGAUGGCCGGACCACGCGGACUGAGGACAAGAUCCUAAACAUUGUCAUCAAACGGGGUUGGAAGGAGGGAACCAAAAUCACAUUCCCCAAAGAGGGGGACGCCACCCCAGACAACAUCCCUGCCGACAUCGUCUUCAUCCUCAGGGACAAGCCUCACCCACACUUCAAGAGAGAUGGGACGAACGUGGUCUACACGGCAAACAUCAGUCUUAAAGAGGCCUUGUGUGGCUGCACCGUGAACAUUCCCACCAUUGACGGGCGCGUGAUCCCGCUGCCCUGCAACGACAUCAUCAAGCCGGGGACAGUGAAGAGACUGCGUGGUGAGGGACUGCCCUUCCCCAAGGCCCCCAGCCAGCGAGGAGACUUGAUCGUGGAGUUCAAAAUCCGCUUCCCAGACAGAAUAGCUCCCCAGACGAGACAGAUCCUCAAGCAGCACCUCCCGUGCUCCUAGAGCCCGGGGACUCUCCUCCAAGCAGCAAUACUCCAAACAUACGUGCCACAGCACCCAGCCCGCACAGAGCAGAGGUGCCACAGCACUUUCAAAUGCAAAAAAAAAAAACAAAAAAAAAAACCCUCACAUCACUUUCCUUCCCCCCAAAAAAAACCAUCCAACCCACCUCUCCAUCCAUCCCUCUCCCUAUCCAUUCCCCUCCCCAUCCAUCCCUCUUGGCCUGUUUUCUACUCCAGCAGUGGGGAGGCUCCUGCCCAUAUCACAGCUCUCCCGGCUGCCAAACUUUUUAUUUUUUUUCCCUAGAGGUCCAGCAUUUCCACCUCGCGCAAGCGAGCAGCAUGGGCCCUUUGCCUGGGGGGGUGCAUCACGUUGUGGGUUUUUCAUGUCACCUGCUUUUCAGGCCACUUUUCCCACGAGACGCUGGACUUGUCGGGGUCCGGCGCAGUGUAAAUAGGACUCCGCAGGUUCUGGUGUCCCUGCUGUUAGUUUUUUUCUUCCUCUCUUUGAUACUUGCUGCUGUUCGGGGUCCUGGCUGUACCGUGGUGCCAGUCACUCUGGCCCGCGGUGGCCACCCCCCCGUAGCCGGACUGUUUCUCACCUGGGACCACGGUACCGAGCCUGACCGUGGUCCGCUCUCCUGUGCCAAGCCUACAACCAAGCCUCGGCUGUGCCAAAUGAUGGAGCACAUGGGGAUGGUCCCAUCCAGCCUCCUGCCCCUGCCUGGGGCUCUCCUGGUGCCCUCAGAGCCCCAGCUGAGCAGGAGGAGGGGGGGAAAGCCGAGGAUGGAGCUUUCUUGUUCAAAUGUGUUGAGUUUGCAUUGCUACUUUGUUUUUUUAAAAUACAUAUAUAUAGAGCUCAUUAGAUAAAGUCCGUAAGGGUUUUUCUCUGCCCAUUUUGGGGUUCCUGGCGUGGUGUACCCUGACUUUUUACAGAGCAGGGGGGGGAUAUUUCACCCACAUGAACAUCAAAAGCCCAGGGGUGGAGGGAGGUUGUGUAGCACAAGUCUGGGUGCAAAACCAGAGCCAAGCGUGAGCAGAACUGUAGGUUUCACUAGCAUUUUAGGUCAACCUUAGAGACUUUAGUAAGAAAAGGCACGUGUAUAUAUUUUUCUACAGGGACGAUUCAUUCAGGAGGUAUUUCUGGGUGUCAGGAUGCAGCUGGGAGGGGCAUGAGGCAAUCAUCAGCGUGGUGGCUUAAUUUUUAAAUGCUGUAUUUUUUUAAAACCUCUGGAUUUCCAUCAGAAUUUUUAUAUUUCUUACCUUUCUUGGCCCACUCUGCCUCGUGCCAGAUUAUUUUUCCCAAGAAGGGGCUCCUACGGAGCAGGAGGCGCGUUUGACCUGGCUUUGUAUAGCUCCUCUUCCACCCCAGCACCACAGAGAAAACCCCUGCCAAAAUAUUCUCCCCGCCCCGGG